AUGACGACGGUGGAGAAGCUACUUGUGCAGAUCUUCGAGCGGAAAAAUAGGAUUAUCGAACAAGUCAAGCAGCGAACGGAAUUGUAUAACCAGCACCUUGCUUCUAAACUGCUCAUUGAUGGGAUUACCCCCCCUUCUUGGCUUUGGAACCCUACCCAAUUGUCAGAUCCCAAAGGGCUGAACAAAGAAGAGCUGAUUUCUGGACUUCUACUUCCACAUCCCCGACCUACAGCUGGUUUCUCUACUGAUCGUUUCUCCCUCUACAAUAACAUAGUCACAGAAAAUCAUGGAGAGAUUUCUGAUGGACUUCUCAUGGAAAAAGGUUUUAAGGCACAAGAUGCGACAAUGGUUGCAGCUGUCAAUGAGAAUCGUGCUCAGUGUGCCCCUAAUGGGCUUUGUGAGCUGGAUGUUACCAGUUCCUCACCUGUGGACGAGACAGAUGAAAGGAUCUUAAAUGUUUAUAAUGCACCAGAUCAAUCGCUAGCUAGAUUUCAGAGGUCGAAGUCUAGACAAAAGGCUCUUGAGUAUCGUAGCAGUGCGAAGGCACAAGCUAAGAGUUGCUUAAGUCAUGAGAAUGGCAGUGAUGUUCCUCCUAGCAGCAUUAGAUUAUCUAUAUCUGCUUCCAAGCAGAAUGACCACGUCAGGGAGCCUCCAAAAUUGGCUGAACCCUGCAAUAUCAGUCGUCAAAGUUGUGGGGACUGGAAUUUGGAUCGAGCAAAUUGUCACAGCAAGGAAAAGGGGAUGAAUAUUUACACAGAUAGAACUACUAGGUCUAGGGGUUCUCAUGAAGUCACUACUUUUAUCAGUGAUUCUACUGCUGAUGCUGAAGCAGGCAGUUCCUUUGAUGAUGCAAUAGCAAGUAAAACGAGAUCAAGGUCUAUACGUAUUUAUGUGCAGGAUGACCGUGUUAAUGAGUUUUCAAAAUUGGCCGAACCAUUUGCAAGCAGUUGUAAAAGUUGUGGAGAUAUGGAACUUGAUGAAAGAGAUUGUCAAAACAAGGAAAAACACGUUGAUUCUAACACCGGUGCACAUGCUAGGUCUAGUAGAUAUGGUAGACAUCAAAGUUAUGGUAAUGAUAUUUCAACAACAAAUUUAUCUUCUGAUGAUACUCAUAAGAAAGAUGGCACUGUAGUAGAUCCUAUGGUUAAGUUACAAACGGACUAUGUUAAUGGGUCAGUUGCAGCUAUUAGUUCUUCUGAUGGCCCCACUGGAAGUUGUAGGGCCCGAGAAUCAAUGUUAGACGAUGACCGAAGGCACAAGGAAAAGGGUGCUAAUCUUUCCUGCAGUAGGACCACAAGAUUCAGCAGAUCUGGCCAACAAAAUCCUGGUAUAGGUGCGGAUCAGGAUUUACCUCCUCACUCUGCCAAGGCCGACUGCAGAAUACUUGCUCCAUCAGUUGGUUCAUCAAUGGAACAUCUUAACGUUUCUAAAGAGAUUGUGGGGUUUGUCAAACCUUCUGUUGGGUUGGUUGGUAGGGGGUCUAUGACUGAAAUUAGGUCGGGUGACAAAGGCAUAACAGAGCCUGUCAAUAGUUAUAAUAGUUCCAGCCGGGGAGACACAGACCACAAACAUCAUAAUGCUUCUAGCAGUCAAAUAGUCAUGCCUUGUGGUGAAACCCAUGAUAUUGUUACCUUGCAGGGAAAUGCUGAAAUUCUUGUGGCUAAUGACUUUGUUUCACGGGAUCUUGUAGGAGAACAGUCUGUAAAUUCCAGUCCUAUUGAUGCUAAGCGAAGAAGAGAGUUGGAGUGUCUCGCUGCACGGGCUCCCUCUGAUUGUUUUAUGGUUGUGAAACCAAAGCAACUCGAUUUUGAUGACAUGGAAGAACAUAACUUGAAUGAAAUCUCAGCUUCUAUAUCCAGAAAGAUAAAACUUGACAACUCACUAGAAAAUAUGCAUCGUUCUUCGUCAGAGAGCAAACUAUCACUUGAUAAAGAAUUUUCUUGUAAUAUCAAUCAAUUAUCUACUCCUAAGAAGUCAUUAGAAACGUCAAAGGUCUCAAGCAAAGGAAAGGAAGAUUGGAGGGGUUCUUUUGAAUCUGAUGUCAAUGAGCAAUUCGAGAUACAGACGGAGAAAGAUAGAUCGGUAAUGAGUGAGCAUCCUAUGUUAAUGAGUUUAGAAAAUAUCCCUGGUGCUGCUGUGCAAAUUGAAAACUCUCGAAUGUUACAGAAGGCAAAUGUUUUCUUAUCAAAUGCGUUACAUGAUAUAGAGAUCUAUCCAGUGGAACUUCAUUUGAAUCAAGGGCACGAGUCCUCAUCGGAUAAGCACGUUGAAGAUGGUGCAUGUAAUUAUGAAGGCAAGGAUAAGGGUGCAUCUGGAUACUAUGCCUCUAAAAGCCAAAAUUUUCGGCCAUCUUUUUCAUCAAAUUCAACCAACCAGGCAAGUGGAGAGUCCAAAGAUUGCUUGAUUGAGAAUGUUGGAACUGCAUAUUCAACUUGCAUUAUCAUUGAUGAAGGAAAGCAACUUCCUCUUCAGGAGACUCAAAUUUCCCCAUGCCUGGAUGAUAAAGUUUCUAGUGAUCACGUGCACAAUAUGUCUUGUGACAGGAGAGACUUGGACAGGAGUCCACCUCAAGGAGAGAAUGAUGGAAUGGCAGAUUCAACCUGCAUUGUCCUUGAUGAAAAGGGGCAACUUCCUCUUCGGGAGACGCAAAUUUUCUCAUGCCUGGAUGGUGAAGUUUCUAGUAAACAUGAACACAAUUUGUCUAGUGACAAGAGAGACUUGGAUAGGAGUCCGCCUGAAGGAGAUAAUGGCUUAUUAUCAAGUAAUUCAGUUGGGUCUUUGCAUCAUGGAAAUGAAAUUCUCAGUAUUUCAAGUGCAAGUGAUCCUCAAAUCACUAAGAAGCACUCACCACCUGAAAGAAGAUCCAGGCCUGCCGAAGAGCACUCAUGGCCACAGAUUAAGAGGAGAAAGAUUGAAGAUAAGCAAACUAAUAAUUUUACCACUUCCCCAAGUCUUAGGGUGCGAAAUCCUUACUGCAGUCAACUGGACCCUACAACUUCAUGUUUGAAGAACAAUGAAACUGUCUUGGUGGAUGCAUUUAAGGAUGAUGGGAGUUUGAUGGAAGUCAAUGAGUCAGCACCUGAAUCUCAAAAUAUCAAGGGCAAUUUUUUUUUCAAAGAGGAGAAUAAACAUAGAGAGUCCUCCUUUCCUAUCAAUCACAAACAGUUAGGGGCAUCCCUUGUCUUGAGUUCAACAGAAGCUGACGCUGGAGACACAAGAGGAUGCUUGGCUAAGGAAAUGAGAACUCCAUUUCCGGGUAGCAACUUUUUAGAUGUAACGAAACCCGGUGAUGAACAAAGUAGCCAACACUUGUUACCUCUUUAUAGCAAUUUUGAUCUGCCAAAUUCUGCAAAUUUGGCUUGUUUUGAGAAAACCCUUUGUGAAGGAAAAUCCCAUCAGGGUGAGGACAGGCUACUUUCACAAAGCUCAGUUCCUUCUCAAAAUGAUAAAGAUCUGAACUUUGUUGAGGUCGAUCAAAUUAUGCCUGUAUUGGAGGGAUUCACUGUAGAUGCACAAGAAGAUAAUGGAAAAGUGAAAAUUGCUGGUGAUGGAAUUGACUUUGACAAACUGAACCUUUCUAGGACAGCAAUUGAACGUGCCAGUGUUCUGGCACAGAUUUGCAAAUCUGCUAGUACAGUUACACCUUUAUCCCAUUUCUCGUCUUGUUUCAAGUUUCAGGGAACCCAAGAUUUAUUUCAAUCUGUACCAAAUGGUUUUCUUGAGCGGUUGGGCAAUUCUCAUUUGAAUAUAAAUGUUGAUGAACAGCUUGGAUUUGCUGACAGUGCUUUAAAUGGAUCUAAAGGGACGCCAUAUUCUGAUUCUCUACCAUAUUCAGGUGCACAAUUUGGUUGGCAUUCAGGAAAUCAUUAUGCAUCUCCUGUUGGGAAGUUAUGGGAAAGAUUGUCGUCACACUCUGGAAAUUCAGAGAAGCGUUUGAGUUCAAAUCCGGAGCUAACAUGCUUCCCAAUUGAGGAGGAUUUCAGUAUAAGUGAAGAGAAUAAGACUCUCAAUGAUGAGGCAGAUGAAGUCCAAGAAGAGAUUGAUUCGUUGGACUCUAGUCAUUAUGCUCAAAGAGAACCACUCAAAGAUUUUACAAAUUCACGUCUAAAUCCUCCUGCAUUGGUUUCUGCGGAUGAGAUGUCUCUGAGCAGAGAUAGUGUGGAUUUUUUUAACACAAAAACUAGCUUCACUGGGACUCGAAAUAAGUUCAAGCAGAAUUCUGGAAGUCUCUUAAAAAAUAACAGUGAGGCAAAGGAAAACCAGACCUUAUCCAUGGGAGCAAAUAAAAUCAGGAAGGAAAAGGAAUCAUUUAAAAAAAGUGUAAACAACCCUAAUUUACCACGCAGAACCAGCGUGAGACAAGAGCAGAAGCUCUUAUUGAAGGAUUCCAAGAGGAACAACAUUGUUUCAAAUGUUUCUUCAUUUAUCCCGCUGGUACAACAAAAACAAGCGGCUGCAGCAUGUGCAGGAAAGAGAGAUAUCAAGGUGAAGGCUCUAGAAGCUGCAGAGGCUGCAAAACGUUUGGAAGAAAAAAGAGAUAAUGAACGCAAGGUAAGAAAAGAAGCACUGAAACUUGAGCGAGCAAAGAUGGAGAAAGAAAAUAUGAGACAGAAGGAGUUGGACAAGAAAAAAAGAGAAGUGGAAAGGAAGACAAAAGAUGCUGAUAUGCUAUCAAAGAAAAGGCUGAGAGAGGAAGAGGAGAGGAAACAGAAGGAGAAGAAAAGAAUGCGAAUUGAAGUUAGGCAAAGACAGCAUAGAGAACAAGAAGAAAAAAUGUGUGCCGAGAAAGCAGAGAAAGAAAAACAGCGUUUCAAACAUGAACAAGUGAACGGCAAUAAGGAUUCUAACAAUGAUUCCAGAAGGCAACAAAACCGGGAAAAAGCUGAAGAUGAUGUUGCUCUGAGAAAAACACAGACUAAACCUGUACCAACUGGACUUGCAAUGGAUGGCGUCCAGCAGACUACCGUUCAUUUUGAAGAAAGUGGCACUUGUGAAAUUAAAAAGGCAAUGGAUGUGGUGAAUAACUCAUGCAAAAGUGAUGACUUGUUUGUCCGAAACUGUCUAGAGAAAUCAUAUGAGAUUUCUCCAUAUCAGUGCUCUGAUGAUGAAGAUGAAGAAGAAGAUGACUUACCCUCUAGAAAAUUAAUACCAUCCUGGGCCAGUAAAAGCUCCGUGGCUUUAAUUUUACCCUUGCAGCAAGAAAUGGAUCCUGAUGUUAUAUUUCCCCAUGGAAGCUUUUGCAGCAUGGAUGAAGUUCUCCUUCCGCGAAAGCUUCAACAAAAUUAA